AUGUCUGACAAAUUACCUAAUGUCUUUUUCGUCGUUGCCAUUAACGGCAAAGAGUUAGGUAAGAUUGAAUUCAAGUUAUACGACGAUAUCACUCCCAAGACAUCGGCGAAUUUCAGAUCACUCUGUACAGGUAAAAAACCUGACGGUACGCCUUUACCUAAAGGAUUCGGAUACAAGGGGACGACCUUCCAUCGAAUCAUUCCUGAAUUUAUGGUUCAAGGAGGUGAUUUCGAGAGAGGUGAUGGAACAGGUGGACAGUCCAUUUAUGGCGAUAAAUUCCCAGAUGAGAAUUUCGAAAAGAAACAUGAUAAAAUAGGAUUACUGUCUUCAGCUAAUGCCGGACCUAACACCAACGGGUCGCAGUUCUUCAUCACUACCGUAGCUGCUUGUCCAUGGUUAGAUGGCAAACACACAGUUUUCGGAGAAGUAGCCAAUGACCAAUCCCUCAAAUUGAUCAAAGAGAUCGAAUCAAAGGGAAGUAAAGAUGGUAAACCGAAAGAAAAAGUGGUAGUUGUCAAUUGUGGUGCGGUCUAA